AUGGACUGGUUACAGACUAAUGAUAGGGCGAGGGUCUAUAAUAUUCGGACUGACUCGUCGGAUCAUUCUGCUUUGUUUCUGGAUAUAAGAGGGGCGGAUCAUGUGGUGAGGCCCCGGGGUUUCCGGUUUGAGAAUGCAUGGCUGCUGGAUGGAGGUUGCAGGGAGGUAGUGGAGAGGGAGUGGUCUAAUUCACCGGGUUUGGCUUUGCAGGCUAGGCUUGGCAUGUGUGGCCGGGGUUUGAGGAGGUGGGGUGGUGAUCGCCAUCAUAAGUAUGGGAAACGGGCUAAAGGGAUUAGAAAGGAGAUGAAUGCUUUACGGGGCAGUCGAGAUCCAGCUUCUUUGGCACGGUUUAGGCAACUAGAUGAGCAUUUGAGUGUGGUACUAGCUCAGGAGGAGGUUUUCUGGAGGCAGCGUGCUAAUCAGCACUGGCUUCAGGGGGCUGACAGGAAUACUAAGUUCUUUCACAAGUAUGCCUCGUACCGGAAGAAGAAAAAUGUGAUCCAGAGACUCAAGGACGGGGGUGGUGUUUGGAGGGAGGGCAGUGCCCUGGAGGCAGUGGUCACAAACCUAGGACAGCAAACUAAAACAAACUUUCUAAAACCCUGUCCCUCAACAAUCCUAAAAGGAAGUUCAUCUAAAAUAAUCAUCUCAGCUAAGGCUCUCCUUAUCAAGUCUUGA